GCCGCCUCCCCACCAACGAAUCCCCAAAUCACCACCGAGCUCUCUCGAUUUCAAUCUCACCACCACCUCCGGGCUAGGAGCCAUGUCGGGCCGCGGCAAGGGAGGCAAGGGGCUGGGCAAGGGCGGCGCGAAGCGGCACCGCAAGGUCCUCCGCGACAACAUCCAGGGCAUCACCAAGCCGGCGAUCCGGAGGCUGGCGCGCAGGGGCGGGGUGAAGCGCAUCUCCGGCCUGAUCUACGAGGAGACCCGCGGCGUGCUCAAGAUCUUCCUCGAGAACGUCAUCCGCGACGCCGUCACCUACACGGAGCACGCCCGCCGCAAGACCGUCACCGCCAUGGACGUCGUCUACGCGCUCAAGCGCCAGGGCCGCACCCUCUACGGCUUCGGCGGCUGAGAUCCGCCUUGGGUCCCAGGCUGGUCGAUGGUGCUAGGGUUAGCAACGGUGUGGUGUUUGGCGUUCGUUCCAUCUGAUGUGAUGUCUGGAGGUGUCUCCGACUCCGUGUCUGUUUUGUGCAAAGUAGUAAUGUGUCUCUGUGAUUGGAAAUGGAGUCCGAAGCUUAUGAAUGAAAUCGAUCUGUGUUUACUUUUCUAA